AACUGAAAACUUUCAGUUUCAUUUUGCUUCUGACCAUUCUUCGAAUGAGUCGCCUAUUCUGGAGCUCUUUACUCCUUUUCUCUCUUUUGAGCCAACAUCUGGAUGCAAAAGGAAGCUUUGGUGGUGGUCGUGGGUCCAGUGGAGCACGGAGCAGCAGCAGUUCUUUCUCUAGCUCAAGCUCAAGAAGCUCCGGGUCAUCGUUUUCUAGUUCAUCAAGCUCCCGACCAACCUCUGGAACCAGUAGCUAUAGAUCGGGAAACACUCAAUAUAGCUCAAACUUCCGGCAAAAUGUAUUCCACACCACCUCGACUACAACCAUGUUCUCAUAUUCUCCACUGACUCAUACACACGUCAUCAUCUCACCAGUAUCUCCAAUGAUUUACGGCAAUUACCAUUACUACUGGGGAGGGCAUUAUGUGCAUACUCCAGAGAGACCGCACAUGUGUGAAUAUCAAAUAACAGAUGACGACCAAGAAUUAAGAAAUGUGACAUUCUCUAAUGGCACAAAACCAACAACCCUAACCUUUGGAUGUACGAGCUCUGAAUCUUGUUGUGGAAUGGAGUGUUGCUCGAAUACAUCAUGGGUAACUAUAAUUCUCAUUAUCGUGGGAAUUGUACUGAUUAUAAUUCUGUGCGUGUGGUGCAACAGUAAAGGAUAUUGUCGAGACGAAACAGUUAUUGUAACAGAAGUACCAGUAUUUGCAACGACAACAACCACCCAUACAUUCACAACAAACAACGGUCCACCACCACCUCCAGGAUUUCAAGGAUUUCAACAAGGUCCUCCUCCCAGUGCUCCAGUCUACUCUGCUCCACCGCCUUACAACAAUUUCCAACAAAAUUCUCCGUAUGGUGGAAGACCGAUUAGUUCAGGUCAAGUUCACACCUCUUAUAAACAAUGAUCUCUAAUACGUUAAAUUUUACACCUGUGAUUGUUUUUGGUUUGAAUAAAUUUUGGAAACUGACUAACUGAUAAA